GGAGGCGGCGUCAGGCCUCCCCCCGCCCUUCUACGGCCCCAGCCGGCGGCCUGGGCUCCUGAUCAGGCUCCGGGAAGGGGCCUGGCUCCGGUAAGGACCUUCCUCCUCUUCCUCCUCCUCCUCCUCCUCCCGCCGCCGGGCAAUGAGAAGCUGCUUCUGCUUGAAGCGGGGGAGCCGGGACCAGCAGCCGAAGACAACGACCACACCGCCUCCUGCUCCAUCUGCGCCCCGGGCAACAGAUCAGUCCGCCAUGCCUGAGGUCCGGGACCUUGCCGAUGCUUUGCCCGAAGUGCCCAUGGACCCCAUCACCGGAGUCGGGGUGGUCGCCUCCCGCAACCGAGCACCUACCAAUUACGACGUGGUUGCCCAAACGGCAGACGGUUUGGACGCCGACCUCUGGAAAGACGGCUUGUUCAAAUCCAAGGUGACGCGAUACCUGUGUUUCACCCGGAUCUUUUCCAAGGAGAACAGCCAUUUGGGGAACGUCUUGGUUGACAUGAAGCUCAUAGAUAUCAAAGACACCUUGCCGGUUGGCUUCAUUCCCAUCCAGGAGACUAUGGAUACACAAGAAACCGCUUUCCGAAAGAAGAGGCUCUGCAUCAAGUUCAUCCCGCGGGAUUCCACGGAGGCGGCCAUUUGCGAUAUCCGAAUCCUGGGCCGGGGCAAGCAAGCUCCUCCGCAGUACACUUUCAUCGGGGAACUCAACAGUAUGGGCAUCUGGUAUCGAAUGGGCAAAGUCCCCCGGAACCACGAAACAUCUCAACCGACAACGCCUUCGCCACAAGCUCCGGCCACGACGCCAGCUGCCAACCUUCCCAGGCACAUAUCUCUGACGCUCCCUGCCAGUUUUCGAGGGAAGGGGCAAGGCACGCGGCCGGACUUUGAGUACCAGCACUCCAACUUGUAUGCCAUAUCAGCCAUGGAAGGCGUGCCUUUUAUGAUCUCGGAGAAGUUCGCCUGUGCUUCCGAAGGGGUGAAGCCGGUCGAUCUCCUAGGGAUCACAAUUAAAUCCUUGGCAGAAAUCGAAAAGGAGUAUGACUACAGCUUCAGGACAGAGCAAAGCGCUGCCGCUCGCCUCCCACCGAGCCCAACCCGGUGCCAACAGCUCCCACAAUCCUGAGCUCCUUUGCCCGCUUGGGAGACGAAGCGCACACAUACUACUGAGAGGGGAAUUGAUUCUCCUCCCCAGCACGAAACCUUCUCCUCGGUCCCCCAGCCCUUGACUCAAACAGUGUUACUGGAUCUCCUACCAGCAAAAGGGACACAUUUUCCCUCCCCACCUCUAAUUCUGACAUUUUGUAAACAUAUAACUGGAUCGAUUUUUUUCUUGUGUUUUUUUUAUGUACCUGUGGUUGUUUUGGAGAUGUUGACCGGACUGUCCUUAUGCUUUGAUCCAUUGACUGCUUCUGGAAACACUUUCUCGUCCUACUUAAAUUAAUCUACACCAAGAUGGACCAAUUACGCAUCCAUCUCUUUUCAUCAGCUGCCUUGAGCUUCUCUGGAAUUGUUUCCUCACCGUAACUAAAUUCAUGUAGACUUCGAGGUAUGACCUGCCAAUCCACCAGAUAACUUGGCAUUCAAGAACUUCAUAUCAUGUGCCCGGAACUCUCUAUAUAUCUGUCUAGGUUGGUAUUUGAUCCGGAUCGAACCAAAAUAAACAAGACUGUCUUGGCCAUUCAAUUGACCAGCUCUGCCUUGGGAUGCCCACCGCUUGCCGUUGACUAGGAGAGGAAAAGAACAAACAUACAUUUUUGCCUUCUCUGCCAACAAAACCACACAAUCAACAGUUGUGAUACACCCAAGACCUUUCACGGUCGGUUUGGGCUCAUGACACUCGCCUUGGUCUGUGUACCCAAUUCCCCAUGCAGAGUAAUCAGAUCCAAAUCUCACCCUCUUGUUUCCAUGACCAUUUUUGGGGAGAUGCGACCCAGGAAUCGACCCAGAUGAUGACCUGGAAGCAGAGGAUACAUUUGGUGGUGCUUUUCUGCAAUCCAAACCGGCCCAACGACCAUAUACUAUAUCUCAAUGUCCUUUCCAAUCCCAGAAAUACUUGAACAUGGCGACCAAUCAGAAGAAAACAACAACAGCCCAAUGUACAUGGCUCUUGGGUCCUCCUCUCCACCCAAUUUGGUGACUUAUGACAAAACCAACCACCACACGUGCCUCCAGAAGCCUUCGUGAAACUCAUCUCCACAAGAUUGGUUCCGGUUCGAAGGUUCGCCAACAACGUCAAGCUUCAUGCUCCAGCAUGUUUUUGUGGUGGGUGCAUCUGAUGGUUCUUCUGAGCCCCAAACGCAUGCUUUUGUGACAUUCUGUUACUGACACCUGUGUUAUUUUUUUGCACCCUGAAAGCCUGUGCGAUCUCUUGUGCCAUUUCAACGGUGGAUGUGUUCUUUACAGCAAAAAGUGACAGCUAAGAGGGACAUUAUAUUCCUUUCUCCUCCAAAACCCACAUGCAGAGGUUCAACUGUGUCACCUGUAAAUACUGAUGGUUUCUAACUGUAUUAAAAGGCAACCACUGUCAUUAUUUUAAAAUACAAGAUAGCUGCUUUGGUGGAUUGUUUGGGGCUGCCAAGUUCAUCCAGGCCAGGUAUGGGCAAACCCAGGCCCAAACCUUAGGCUCUUUUCUCUGGCCCUCCUCUCUUCGUCCUUCCUUCCCUUUUGUCUUUCCAUCCUUCUCUCUCUCCUUUACCCUUUCUUUCCUUCCAUUCUUCUCUUCCUCCCUUUCUCCCUUCUCUUUUUCCUUCCUUCCCUUCCUUCCCUUCCACCCUUUCAUCCUUCCUUCCUUCCCUUUUUCUUUCUUUCCUUCCCUCUUUCCUCCCUCCUUCCCUCUUUCUCCUUCCAUCCUUCCCUUCCACCCCUUUGUCUUUUCUUCCUUCUCUCUAUCUUUCCUUCUUUCCUCCCUCUUUCUCCUUUCAUCCCUUCCACCUUUUAGUCCUUCCUUCCUUCUCUUUUUCCUCRCUCUCUCCCUUUCUUCUUCCUUCCCUUUUGUUUUGCCUUCCUUUACUCUUUUCUUUAUCCUUCCCUUCUUCCAUUCAGUCAUUCUCCUUAUCCCUUCCUUCCUUCUCUUUUUCCUUUUAUACUUCCCUUCCUUCCCUUCCACUCUUUCAUCCUUCGUUCUCUUUGUUUUUCCUUCCUUCCCUCUUUCCUCCCUCCUUCCCUCUUUCUUUUUCCAUCCUUCCCUUCUACCCUUUCACCCUUCCUUCUCUCUUUCCUCCCUCCUUCUCUCUCUCCCUCUUUCUCCUUCCAUCCUUCCUCCCUUCCUUUCCUCUUUCCUCCUUCCUUCCCUCUCUCCCCCUUUCUCCUUCCAUCCUUCCUUCCUUCAUUUCCRCUUUCCUCCCUCCUUCCUUCUCUCCCUCUUUGUCUUUUCAUCCUUGCCURCCACCCUCUCAUCCUUCCUUCCUUCUCUCUUUURUCCCUCCUUACCUCUCUCCCUCUUUCUCCUUCCAUCCUUCCAUCCUUCAUUUCCUCUUUCCUUCUUCUUUCCCUAUCUCCCUCUUUCUCCUUCCACCCUUCCCUUCUAACCUUUCAUCCUUCCUCCCUUCUCUCUUUCCUCCCCCUUUCCCUCUCUCCCUUUCUCCCUCUUUCUCCUUCCAUCCUUCCCUUCCUCCCUUUCAUCCUUCCUUCCUUCUCUCUUUCCUCCCCUCUCUUCCUUUUUCUCCUUCCAUCCUUCCUUUCCUCCCGUUUGUCCUUCCUUCCUUUUCUCUUCCUUUCCUCCUUCCCUUCCUUCCUUCCAUCACUGAGCACCCAAGUUAGAAAGUUUGCCCGUGCCUGAUGUAGGCCUUUUGCUUGGUGGUUAACUCAUCGCAAGAGCAAAGGGCCUGUUUUGUACCUUCCAGAGUGUUGUUUUCCCUUCCCUCAUUUUAAAAUAGUAUCUUUUCCCCAGAAAGAGAAACUAUUGGUGUGGAUAUGCAACAAAAUCCAGUCAACUUAUUCUUUGCUAAGGCAACUUUCAAAUGGUUGAUGUUCAUGAAUGGUUUGGAGUCUUCUUCAUGCAGUCCUGUUUCAGGAUCAAUACUGACUUGGGAGUAUCCUAGGAGAAAUGAUGGCUACCUUCUCCAUACUUCUGGUUCAGUACUAAUGGGAAGAUGAUAGGUUUGCCUAGAGAAGGUCUCAGCUUUCAUCCUUGGAAUCUCAAAUGGAAAAGAUUGGGUAGGAAAUGCUUGAGAACCAACCUAGGUAAACAAUAGCAAGGUCAACCAGGAACUAGUAGAAGAAAACUGAAGUGGCCUUUGUCACAUUGUAAUGCAAGUGCGCAUGUGCCGUGAACAUUUGCACACUGCUCUCUGAAUGCGAAAAGACUAUUGGCACAUGUUUGUAGAACCCAUCAACCUUCCAAGGUUGGCUGAGCUCAUCGAACAAGUCAGUAGGCCCCGUCAACGAACAAGCAAACCCUGCAGAUAGAAAAGUAGCAUGCCAGAGAGGUAUUUAGGAGUUAGUUUGGAAAGAUGUUGUGUUUAUGUACAUGUAUGUGUAUGUGUGUGCGUGCAGAGAAGUGUGUAUUCCACCCCAAGACAUGAGCAAACGCGAGUCAGAAAGAACAAUACAGUCAUCCCGGAACAUUUGCUAGGAUCAGGAGUAUAGUAUCACAUGAAAAUGCUGGUUUUUUCAAACUGAGAGAAUGCUUCACUUUCUCCCAACCCUCCUUCUUGGGAACUAGAAAUCCUGUCUGUCUUCUUUCUCUCAUAGUUUGAAGAAUUUAAGGUUCUCUGCUGGUUAGGGAAUGUCUGAAGGUGGUAUUUCAAGCUUCAGAUUGAUUUCAAUUUCCUGGCUAGGGAAUGUCUGACAUCUAGUGGCUGAAGGUGGUAUUUCAAGCUUGAUUUCAAUGUCCUUGUUAGGGAAUGUCUGACAUCUAGUGGCUGAAGGUGGUAUUUCAAACUUCAGAUUGAUUUCAAUUUCCUGGUUAGGAAAUGUGUCUGACACCUAGUGGCUGAAGGUGGUAUUUAAGGAUUCAGAUUGAUUUCCAUUUUCUGGUUAGGGAAUGUCUGACAUCUAGUGGCUGAAGGUGGUAUUUCAAACUUCAGAUUGAUUUCAAUUUCCUGGUUAGGAAAUGUGUCUGACACCUAGUGGCUGAAGGUGGUAUUUCAAGCUUCAGAUUUUCAAUUUUCUGGUUAGGGAAUGUCUGACAUCUAGUGGCUGAAGGUGAUAUUUCAAGCUUGAUUUCAAUUUCCUUGUUAGGGAAUGUCUGACACCUAGUGGCUGAAGGUGGUAUUUCAAGCUUCAGAUUGAUUUCAAUUUCCUCGUUAGGGAAUGUCUGACAUCUAGUGACUGAAGGUAGUAUUUCAAGCUUGAUUUCAAUUUCCUUGUUAGGGAAUGUCUGACAUCUAGUGGCUGAAGGUGGUAUUUCAAACUUCAGAUCGAUUCCAAUUUUCUGGUUAGGGAAUUUCUGACAUCUUGUGGCUUAAGGUGUUAUUUCAAGCUUCGGAUUGAUUUCAAUUUUUUAGUUAGGGAAUUUCUGGCACCUAGUGGCCGAAGGUAGUAUUUCAAGCUUCAGAUCGAUUUCAAUAUUCUGGUUAGGUAAUGUCUGACAUCUAGUAGCCGAAGGUGGUAUUUCAAGCUUCAGAUUGAUUUCAAUUUUCUGGUUAGGGAAUGUCUGACAUCUAGUGGCCGAAGGUGGUAUUUCAGGCUUCAGAUUGAUUUCAAUUUUUUGUUUAAGGAAUAUCUGACAUCUAGUGGCUGAAGGUAGUAUUUCAGGCUUCAGAUUGAUUUCAAUUUUCUGGUUAGGGAAUGUCUGACACCUAGUGGCUGCAGGUGGUAUUUCAGGCUUCAGAACAAUUUCAAUUUUCUAAAAUUAAUAGAAGUAUUUUAAACACGAAACAGUGUUGUAACACAAUGAUCCGGCCAAGUUUGUAUUGUCAUGCUGGAGAACUUAGGGAAAUCCGGACAUGUUGAAUAUCAGAAAAAAUGCAUUAGUCAUUGAUUAUGAUGGGUUAAUGAUCUCCUCCCUCCCUCCAACGAUCUCAAGCUUGGAUGGAUUUCCUCCUAAUUGUCACCUUAUCCUCACAACAGCUGAACGAGGUAGGCCAGACUGAGAGUGAGUGAGUGAGUUUCAUGACUGAGAGAGGAGAGUGUAUCCGGAUAUUUCAAAUUCCUUAAUCCAACUCUUAACCACUUCACUGUCUACUUCAAUGGUUACAGAUUUUGCCAUCACAUUAUGUCCCUCAAAGAGGACAAAAACAAUUAAUUUCCAGUUGAUACAAUGUCAAUUUCAGCAGAAGUCAACCAUUUGAAGUUUAUACUCGGCAGUGCCUCUUUGCCUUCCCACUCGUUGGGUGCAUUUUGCCAGCGGUUCAAAAUCACAUCAGAUUGACAUAAUGUGAAACGAAUGCAUAAAAGGACCUGUCUUGAGCCAUCCGAUCAUACAGGCCAAAAAAAAAAUAUCCAAUGCUUUAGUGAGAAUCUUCGGUUGUGUUGUGUUUGUGCGUUUGUGUGUGCGUGCGCAUUUUUUUAAAAAAAAGAUGCGAUGCAUUUUCCUUGUGAUGAAACAUUCAACGUGGAUUUAACUCGAUCAUUCAUCCUAUUAAUAUUAAUCUUUCGUAUUUAUUUUAGAUGGCCUUCCUUGUAUUUUCCAAAGGGAAGUUUGUGUCUGAGGAGUUAGUCUGUAUUCUUAAUAUAAUUUGUUAAAUAAACUAAAAGUUUUAACCUC